AUGAAUCAGACCUCUUCCAACAUCACGCUGGGGGCCUCACAGAGGGACUCCUUCUCCAAAGCUGUGAUCAAGAACGUCAUUGUGGUGGCUCUGGGAGUCACUGUCAUUUACCUCAAUGCCAGCCUUAUCCACAUCUUCCACAAACAGCAGAUCUUCAACACCAAUCCCCGCUACAUCCUCUUCAUCCACAUGGUCAUCAAUGACACAGUCCAGCUGACCCUCACCAUCCUCCUCUUCCUGCUCAGCUACACCCUCUACCACAUCAACGUCUGCCUGUGCAGCUUCAUCAUCCUGCUGGCUCUGUUCACCACUGAAAACACACCGCUCAACCUCUCCUGCAUGGCCCUAGAGUGCUACGUGGCAGUGUGUCGCCCGCUGCACCACGCCCGCGUCUGCACCGUGCGGAGAACCUACCUCUUCAUCGGUCUGAUCUGGGCCACCAGCACUCUCUCCGUCCUCCCGGACCUGUUUGUCGCCCUGGCUACCGAGCCCGUGGCGUUCUUUAGCACAGAUGUCUUCUGUGUGAGGGUGACGGUGUUCCGUAGCCCUCACAUCAUCCUCAAGAGGGAUACCUGGUACCUGUUGCUGCUGGUCGUCAUUUGGCUGACCCUGCUCUACACGUACUUCCGCAUCCUGUUCACCGCCCGAGCCGCCAGCGCGGACGCAAAGAAGGCCCGAAACACCAUCCUGCUUCACGGCUUCCAGCUGCUGCUGUGCAUGUUGGCGUACGUGGACCCGUAUCUGAAAACGCUUCUGAACUACUGGUUCCCAAAUAGUUUGGCGGACUCAUUGUUCGCAUGCUACAUCAUCAUCAACAUUUUGCCACGGUUCAUCAGCCCCAUGGUGUACGGCCUGCGAGACAAGACCUUCAGGAUGUACCUGAAGAAACACCUCUUGUGCAGAUUGACGUUGGUGACGGUGAUACCGAAACCCUUAUAA